CGUCUCUUUGAUAUAAAACCCACAAGAGCCAGCUGUUUGGUAAACUUGUGUGACAUUGCAUACGUUUUUACUUGGCUAUUUAGGGUUUUUAGUCAAACAGAUUUCCCGUACAGAUCCUGCAUGUCUUUGAAUUACUGUCCUGGAUCCUUCCUAUAUGUAAAGUGGGCCAAAAUGAAAGCUAGUGUUAAUACUGUAGUUGCUAUUCACUUGCAGUUACAACAUUCUGACAGUAUUCCUUAAUAGUUUAUCUAUAGUCCUCUCACGUCUUUCCUCCUGUGUUGCAGAGGUAUGGAGUUGGAUAGUUUUGUAUAUUUUGAUGGACUGUCAGCUGCUGGGGACCUGACAAUGCCAUUCCCAGAUACGGUGAAGUACUGCAUCCUGGGAAUUUCAGUCACUCUUUUACUGCUGGCGCUGGGUAUCUUGGUAUGGCAGGUCUUCAGGUGCUGCUCACAGAAAUACACCACAUACACGCGGCAAGAUACUGUGAACAAUGAUCAGCUGUACUCAAAUGAAAAGUCGGGGACAGCGAGAAUCUACUCAGGAGCUCCAAGCACCAGGGUGGAGAAUGUCAACACAGAGGUCCGCAGGCUGAGUCGCUGUCUGUCUCAGGCCUCAUUACCUUCCUCAGGAUCCGUACAGGCAGACGGAAAGAGGGAAGAGCAGGCCAACAAUAAAAAGGUCGAAGGAACGCUGCGCUUUUCCAUCUAUUAUGACCAACUGCAGUCCCAGCUGGUGGUCACCAUCUUGCAGGUGGAGGGACUUCUGGAGCAAAGCCCGACGCGAAUCCUCCAGCCAUUUGUUAAACUAAGACUCAUGUGGUCAAACUCAGAAGAAGUGGAAGUUGAAGAAUGUACAGACGAAGAGGGUGAAGGGACUGCACCCGUCUUGUGGAAAGUGCUGCAGGAAUGCCGGACUCGCAUUGUGAAAGGCAGCUGUAACCCUUUAUUUGGAGACCAGUUCAGCUGUCCUCUGCUAGAAGAAAAGCAGCUUCAUCACAUCAACCUCAGGAUGGAGGUGAGGGACUUUGAUAAAUUCUCCAGACACUCAGUGUUAGGGGAGGUGAGGGUUCCUUUAGGGCGGCUCAACAUCUCCUACCCUCUGGAGCUACAAGAAGAUCUAAUGAUACCACAGAAGGAGUCCAAGAGAAGUGAAGAGGUUGUCAUGGAUGAAUUUGCAACCUUGAGGCACCUGAGCUUGCUCUGCAAGACCAAGGACAACACUGGGUCCCUGACCUAACCCCGUCUCAGGGAGGAGAGUGUCGGAUCCACCAUAUGGCUCCAUGUGAUGCAUGUAACCACUGGAUGAGGCAAGGCUCCAUAGUUUGUAACCAAAGCGGAUUGGUUUACCUCUUAUGAAUUGCUUACAUCCAUGGUGACCAUAGUAUCUGAUCAUGCUCUCAUCCACCGACAGCCAUUCCUGAAAUGGCAUGACUUUGUAUGACUGAUUGAGUUCGGAGAAGAUGGGUCUAACUUUAAAAAAUCAAAAAGUCAACCA